AUGUCUCCAUAUGAAGCCUUAUAUGGAAGACCAUGCCGGAUACUAUUAUGUUGGACGGAGAUUGGAGAAAGAAGAGUGUUUGGACCACCAAUAGUUGAUCACACCAUGGAUCGACUAAUGGAAAUCCGAGCCAACAUGAAGAAAGCUCAAGAUCGUCAGAAGAAGUACGCAGAUCAAAGGAGGAGAGAAGUCACAUUCGAAAGAGGAGAUAUGGUGUAUCUCAAGGUAGCAGCUCAGAAAGGGAAGGAUAGAUUUGGGAAGAUUGGCAAACUCGCAGUACGCUAUAUCGGACCAUACAAGAUCAUCGGGAAAGUAGCUGAUCCAAACGCCAUCGAACCGGAACGGAUAGAAGACCUUCGACAAGACCUCACUUAUCCGGAGGGACCCAUCAAGAUCGGUCUAAGAAGAGUUAGAGAACUCAAAAAUCGGCGCAUCCCUCAAAUACAAGUUUUCUGGGGCAGACAGAACAGAAUGGUCAUCACCUGGGAAGACGAAGAAAGAUUUCGAGCCAACUACCGGAGUUUUUCAUGGAAGAAGCAACACAAAUGGAAGAAGGCGGGACAUCACAUACAUAGAGAAUUCGGGACGAAUUCUUUGAAGUGGGGGAGAAUGUAA